AUGACCCUGCAGUGCACCAAGUCCGCAGGACACUGGAAGAUUGUGGUUUGGGAUGAGGAGGGUUUCCAGGGCCGGAGGCAUGAGUUUACUGCAGAGUGCCCCAGUGUGCUGGAGCUUGGCUUUGAGACUGUGCGAUCUUUGAAAGUGCUGAGUGGAGCGUGGGUAGGCUUUGAGCAUGCUGGCUUCCAAGGGCAGCAGUACGUGCUGGAGCGGGGCGAGUACCCGUCCUGGGAUGCCUGGAGUGGAAACACAGCCUACCCCGCCGACAGGCUCACCUCCUUCCGACCGGUGGCUUGUGCUAACCACCGUGACUCGAGGCUGACCAUCUUCGAGCAAGAGAACUUUCUGGGCAGGAAAGGCGAGCUGAGUGACGACUACCCCUCCCUCCAGGCCAUGGGCUGGGAUGGCAAUGAAGUGGGCUCCUUCCACGUCCACUCGGGGGCCUGGGUUUGCUCCCAGUUCCCUGGCUACCGAGGCUUUCAGUACGUGCUGGAGUGUGAUCACCACUCAGGUGACUACAAGCAUUUCCGAGAGUGGGGCUCUCAUGCCCAGACCUUCCAGGUGCAGAGCGUCCGCAGGAUCCAGCAGUGAGCAGGCGGCCUGGCGGCGGCGGAGACAAGGAGAAGCAGACGUGUGCUUGUCUGGACGGAGGACCUGUGGCGGUUCUUCUGUGCACCCUCCUCUGCCUCCCCCUGCGGCCCCUGUGA